CAGGAGCUCGAGCCACGUGCCAUCCCAAAGCUUUUCCUUACCUGCACUUUUGACAUUGACACAACCUAAAACCAACAACAACCACAGCCAAACCAAGUGCCUGCCGAAGCCGGCGCUUGGCGAGACAACAGUCCCAGGCCUACCAGGCGGGGGAAAUCCUGGCUGGCAGCGGUCCCGGCCACCUGGAACCAUGCACAAAGCAACGUCACCGUCGCAGCCAGAGCGGAGCCUGGGGCGGGGAGUGCCUCUGGAGUCGGAGUAUUAUCAGUAGUAGGUGGGGGAGGGAGGAGCCUUUCCGGCCCCGCCCCGACCUGCUGCCGAUGGGGAGAAGAGCGAUGACGCCGUUCGUGGCAGGUACAUAACCGUGGUCUUCCCUUCCCCUGCUGCGUCUCUGUCUCUACCCCAAACCUUGCAAACCCAAGCCAGCCGCGGCUUCCCCAUCGUCUUCUCCCCAGUGAUAAUGUGGCGUCUCUCAACACUCGUCGCCGUCGGCUCCCUUGUGCCGACGGCCUGGUCGGGCGCUGUCCCUUCGGAGCCGCGCCUUUCCACCAGACAGGCCGGCGACCAGCAGCCGCUCCUCCCUGGCGGCCCUCACCCCAACCCCACGACCGCCUACUGGCAGAUGCCGCCGCACCGCAUCGCCGACCUGCGCACCACCCCGGACCUGCCGACCUCGCAGACCUUCGACUACGUCAUCGUCGGCUCGGGCGUCUCGGGCACCACGGUCGCCUACAAGCUGCUGUCGCGCGACCCGUCCCUCUCCAUCCUGAUGCUCGAGGCCCGCGCCGCCGCGUCGGGCGCGUCGGGCCGCAACGGCGGGCACGUGAAGGCGGGCGACUGGAAGCAGGUGCAAAAGUGGACGGCCGCGUACGGCGAGGACGAGGCCCUCCGCAUCGGCCGCCUGGAGCAGGAGAGCGUCGACGAGCUGCGCGACUUUGUGCGCGCCCACAACGUCAGCAGCGGCUUCGCCGAGGUCGAGAGCGCGGACCUGUACUGGACCAAGGAGGCCUUCGAGGGCGCCGUCAGGGUCGUCGACGUCAUGAACGACCUGGAGCGCCGGCGGCCCGGCGACGUGCCCCAGAACAACACCCGCAGGGUCUACGCCGGCAAGGCGGCCAGGGACCACUGGGGCUGGCCCGAGAUCCUGGGCGCCAUCACGUCGCGCGGCAGCAUGCACAACCCCUACCUCACCGUCUGCGCCAUGCUCGAGCUCGCCCUGGGCAAGGGCCUGAACCUGCAGACGCACACGACGGCCCUGGCCCUGAACAAACUCGCAACGGGCGGGUGGGAGGUGCGGACGGACAGGGGGACGGUCAAGGGCGGCAAGGUGGUGCUCGCGACCAACGGCUACACCAGCGCGCUGCACAAGGGCUUCGCGGGCACAAAGUUCCUGACCCCGAACCGACACCAGGCCACGGCCGUGCACCCAGAGGCCUACGCGACCGACAAGGACGUGUUCCACCACAGCGCGUCGUACCCGGACCUGCACAGCGGCAACGAGUACAUCACGGUGCGGCCGCCGGGCGAGCGCGGGGAGGGGGACCUCGUGAUCGGGGGCGGCAAGAAGUUCUCGCCGUCGCGCGAGCUCAACCUGACGGACGACACGGUGGUCAACGCCGACAUGGCCUCGCACCUGGCCGCCGUCGGGCGCGUCGCGUACGGCCACAGGAGCUGGGGCGAGACCACCGAGGUGCUGGCGCACUGGACCGGCAUCUGCUGCGACACCCCGGACGGCCUGCCCCUGGUCGGCGGCGUGCCGGGUGAGGACGGCCUGUGGGCCACGGUCUGCAUGAACGGCCACGGCAUGGCCUGGGCCUCGCGCAGCUCCGAGGCGUUGGUGCACAUGAUGACCGAAGGGCGCGCGCCCGAGUGGUUUCCCAGGGCGUUUCGGUCGGAGCGGGCGUGGGAGUGAGGGAAGGUGCAUGCGUGUCUGAUACUGUGGGGGAUUCGGCCGUUUAGAAUUGAUAUAUAUAUGAAGGACAUGUAACCAAAGGGAAAGAGUGGGAAAUGCUUGAAUUGUAAAAUAUAAAAAGAUACCUGACCAGCUUCUCCUUCCUCUUGGACUUUAGCGGGCAUUUCAAUGUUCCCUUGAGUCCCGGACCCAGACCUUUCAGGAAUGGGAAGGGUAAAAAAGUAAGGAAGCUCAAAUAGGAAAGCUCACAUGGGAAAUCUCAUAGAGGAAAGCUACAUAGGAAAUUUUACGGCACAAACAAUUUUAUUUCACCUUUGGGA